CCAAUGUUUACAGGUUCACUCAUUGUCUCCAUGCAAGCGGACACAGGAGGACACGCUGCUCUUGACUAACUUCUCCGGAGGGGAGGAAGUUUGUUUUCCGGUGUGGCUCCUCACUGAGAGAAACAAACAAAUACAGCUUCAAACAUGCAGGGUCAGCUGGAUAUGGAAGGAGCCCUAACUGCCAGGGACCGGGUGGGAAUCCAAGAUUUUGUGCUUCUGGAUGAAACCACGGAUGAGGCCUUCCUUAGCAACCUCCACAAACGCUUCAGUAAAGAUCUCAUAUAUACCUACAUUGGGACGUUGUUAGUGUCUGUCAAUCCCUACAAAGAGCUGGACAUUUACAAUAACAAACAAAUGGAACUCUACAUGGGUGUCAACUUUUUUGAGCUGCCACCACACAUCUACGCCUUGGCAGAUAACGCCUACCACACCAUGUUGGCAGAGUUCAACAAUCACUUCAUCCUCAUCUCAGGUGAGAGCGGAGCAGGAAAGACCGAGGCCUCCAAGAAGAUUCUGCAGUAUUAUGCUGUCAGCUGCCCAAGCACCACUCUGCUCAACACUGUGCGGGACAAAAUGCUCAUGUCCAACCCAGUCCUCGAGGCUUUCGGGAAUGCCAAAACGCUGAAAAAUGACAACUCAAGUCGCUUUGGGAAGUAUAUGGACAUUCAGUUUGACAGCGAGGGAGAAGCCGUCGGAGGUCAUAUCCUGAACUACCUCCUGGAGAAGUCGAGGGUGGUGCAUCAGAAUCACGGGGAGAGGAACUUCCACAUCUUCUACCAGCUGGUGCAGGGAGGAGAGGACGACCUGCUGCAGCGGCUGGGAUUAGAGAGAGACUGCCAUCAUUAUAACUACCUAACCCAGGGAGAGUGUGCCAUUGUGUCCUCCAUUAAUGACAUAAAUGAGUGGAAAACAGUCAAAAACGCGCUGCAAAUCAUCAACAUUGAUAAAAUGACCACCGAUUACUUGUUUGAAAUUAUUGCAAGUGUCCUCCAUCUGGGGAACGUUCAGUUUGAAUCUGACAGCAAAGGCAACGCCCACCUGAACAACAACGCAGCACUGCGCUGGGUCUCAAACCUACUAGGUGUUGAUGUUCACCUCCUACAAGACGGACUGACAUACAGGAAGAUUGAGGCCAAAAAAGAUCAGAUCCUGACCCCAUUCACAACUGAUCACGCCAUUUAUGUCAGAGAUGCCCUGGCUAAAGCCAUCUAUGGACAGACAUUCACCUGGCUGGUCAACAGGAUCAAUGAGUCCAUGGAGAACAAGGACUCCUCCAGAAAGUCCGUCAUAGGGCUCCUGGAUAUAUAUGGGUUUGAGGUGUUCUACGUUAACAGUUUUGAGCAGUUCUGUAUAAACUACUGCAACGAGAAGCUGCAACAGCUUUUCAUCCAACUGACGCUCAAGUCCGAGCAGGAAGAGUACGAAGCAGAGGACAUCGAGUGGGAGCCUGUGCAGUUCUUCAAUAAUAAAAUCAUCUGUGACCUGGUUGAGGAGAAACACAGAGGGAUCAUAUCAAUACUGGACGAGGAGUGUCUGAGGCCGGGAGAUGCCACAGAUCUGACCUUCCUGGAGAGACUGGAAGAAAAGAUGGGAAAUCAUCCUCAUUUUGUCACGCACAAACUGGCUGAUAAAAUGACACGGAAGACACUGGAGAGGGGAGAUUUCCGUCUCUUGCAUUAUGCCGGGGAGGUCACCUACUGUGUUGUGGGGUUCCUGGAUAAAAACAAUGACCUGUUGUACAGAAACAUAAAAGAUCUGAUGUGUCAAUCUAAAAAUGCCAUCGUCAGCGAGUGCUUCUCCGCCAUCAAUCUGGACAACAGACGGAGACCAGAGACGGUGGCGACCCAGUUUAAGAGCAGCCUGCUGAAGCUGACAGAAAUCCUCAUGGCUAAAGAGGCCUGGUACAUACGCUGCCUCAAAUCCAACGAGUCCAAACAGCCAGGUCAUUUUGAUGAAGCCCUGAUCAGGCACCAGGUGAAGUACCUGGGCCUGAUGGAGCACCUUAGAGUCAGACGAGCUGGUUUCGCUUACAGGCGCAAAUAUGACGUCUUCUUGAAGCGAUAUAAACCACUGUGCCCGUCCACGUGGCCUCACUGGAGAGGAAUCCCCGCUGAUGGAGUGGAAGUUCUGGUUCAACAUCUGGGCUACUUGCCAAAUGAAUACAAAAUGGGGCGUACCAAAAUAUUCAUCCGUCACCCGAGGACACUUUACGCCACAGAAGACGCUUACGAGAGAUGUAAACAUGAACUGGCAACACGACUGCAGGCCAAAUACAAAGGAUACAAGGCAAAAGGAGAGUUCAGAAAACAAAAAGAAGCUGCCACGAAGAUUGAAACAUGCUGGAGAGGAGCGCAGGCCAGGAAGGAGAGAGAGAAGAGAGCCUGGGCUGUCAAAGUCAUAAAGAAAUUUAUUAAAGGCUACAUGACCAGAGGGGAAGCAAAAAGCACAGAUAACUCAGAGUACCUGGCCUUUGUGAGACAAAAUUACCUGAACAGACUUAAAGCAAAUCUGCCAAAGACUGUUUUGGAUAAAACCUCCUGGGUACAUCCACCGGCAGUCGUCGCAGAGUCAUCAGAGAUCCUGCGUAAGCUUUGCUACCGUGUCAUGGUGCGGAAAUACGUGAGAGGAAUUACACCCCAGAAAAAAGCACAGCUUCAAAUGAAGUAUCUCACCAGCUCCAUCUUCAAGGGCAAGAAGGAGAGUUAUCCACAGAGUGUCGCACAGCCCUUUGUCGACACCAGAAUCAGUGAACAAGAUAUAAACGUAAGGGUUCUCCAGAUGAUUCGCAACGAGCGCAUCAAGUACAGUGUCCCAGUAAUCAAGUACCACAGGAAUGGCUUUAAACCGAAGCCACGGCAGCUCGUCCUGACAGAGACAGCUGCAUAUGUGAUCGACGAGGCCAAGAUCACGCAGAGAGUGCUGUACACUGUUCUCAAAGGUAUUUCAGUCAGUAACUUGACUGAUGGCAUGAUUGUAUUCCACGUAACAUGUGAGGACCCUAAACAGAAGGGGGACCUGGUCAUGCAAUGUGACCACUUGUAUGAGUUUCUGACCAAACUCUGCGUCAUUGCUAACAAACAAAACGCAAUCAAAGUGGUUCAGGGCAGUAUCAAGAUUGAAAUUCAGCCAGGGAAAGAGAGCGUGGUGGACUUCACCACUGGGCAGGAGCCCAUGGUAUACAAGGCCAAGAACGGACACCUGACAGUGGUCGCCACUCGGGCUCGUACACGGUAACAUGUGGGGAAGAGGAGGAGACACACAAGAAGCCUCUGCAUAUUUCAUCAGGAGACCCCUAAAGAGAAGAGCGUCAAGCCUUACACCUGAGCAGCACUUGAAAAAACCCUGGAUGAGCACGUUUUUGGACAGUCUUUUUUUUUUUUUUUUAAAUCCAUACGAACAAUGCAAAUUACUUUUCCACCAAAAAUAUUACUCUGCAGUGUCAGCAUCAUUCUGUAUAUAAGGGUUUGUCUUACACUGGGGUGUAAAAAUGAUAUGAAAAUACACACAUCAUGCUUCAAACAGCAGAAAGAGACAUUUUGUUUCCAUUUUCUGGCCAUAUCUGUCAUAACUGUAUAAAUGCUCACUAAAAACAGAAAUAUGAGAACAGAAAAAAGGUUUGUAUGUA